AUGGCCACCGAAGCACUAGCAACCUGGACCACAAAUCUAACCUUCACCACCCUGCCAACCGAUGUAAGAACAGCCGCAAUCCGCAGCUUCUACAACUGGGCCGGGUGCACAGUAGGUGGAAGCGCCCAUCCAGCAACAAGCAUAGCCCGCAAAGCGCUGGCCCGAUUCUCCGGUCCCCCAACCUCGCGACUCCUGGGUUCGGAGGGAAGCGUCGACGUGGACGCCAUGCAUGCGGCGCUGUUCAAUGGGAUUGCGUCACAUGUUCAUGACUACGACGAUACGCAUCUCGAUACGAUUAUUCAUCCCACUGGACCGGUUGCGUCGGCUUUAUUGGCUGUUGCGGAAUCGUUGGAGAGAAGUGUCUCUGGUGAGGAGUUUAUCACGGCGCUGGUCGCGGGCGUGGAAGCAGAGUGUAAGGUUGGGUUGGGGGUUUGGCCUGAUCAUUAUGAUGUUGGGUGGCACAUCACAAGCUCCACAGGCUCAAUCGGUGCAGCGGUAGCAGUGUCCAAACUACUAUCUCUCUCCACCACCCAAACAGCGCAUGCAAUCGGUCUCGCCGCAACACAAGUCACCGGACUCCGGGAGAUGUUCGGUUCACACACCAAAUCCUUCCACCCAGGUCGAGCCGCACAAAACGGUCUUCUCGCCGCGAUCCUAGCAUCAGAGGACUACACCAGUUCGACCACAGCGCUAGAAGCCAAGCGCGGCUGGGCGAAUGUGGUUAGUAGCUCCAACCAGCUACACGCGCAAAUUAAGAGCCUUGCGCCGAAUGGGCGCUGGGAGAUCGUUCAGAAUGCAUUCAAGCCGUUUCCUUGUGGAAUUGUGGUGCAUCCUAUUAUUGAUGGGUGUAUCUUGGUUCAUGAGGAACUAACCCGGAUGGGACUUUCUGUUGAUCAGAUUAUAGACGUUCAGGUGAAGGUUCAUCCCUUGGUUCUUGAAUUAACGGGGAAGAAGACACCGAGAGAUGGAUUGGAAGGGAAAUUCAGUGUUUAUCAUGGUGGUGCGGUUGGAUUGUUGUUUGGGAAGGCGACUCCAGCACAGUAUGAGGAUCGAAUUGUCACUGACCCGCGAGUGGUGGAUAUUCGAGACCGGAUCCAAGCUACUAUUAAUGAGAAGCUUCGGGCUGAUGAGUGUCAUCUUACGGUCCUGCUUAAGAAAGAGAAUGGGGAGCAUGCCACUAUUGAGAAGCAUGUGGAUCAUGCGGUGGGGAGCUUGGAAAGACCUAUGACCGAUGCUCAACUCGUGGAGAAAUUUGUGGAUCAAUGCAUUCCUGUGCUGGGGCAGGAAAGGACUGAGAAAGCGAGUCAGUGGUGUUGGGACUUGGAGAAGCACCAAGAUGUACGUCAGAUGAAGACUGUCCUAUAG